AUGGACAAAUGUGAGUAUGAGCAUGAGGAUAGUAUUUUUUAUAAUGAGAAGUAUUCAGGUGAUGAGUCAUACUUAGAUGAUUUGCAGCAGGAAGAAAAGUUUGGUGAUGAGUUAGACGAUAAGGAGAUAUUUGAAGAAUUGACAGAUUAUGAUUAUGAUGAUGUAUAUGGAUUGGAUUCAAUUGAGGAUUUAUUGAAACUUGACUUUUUAAGUAUUGGUGAGGUUGAAGUUGACAAGUUUCACUUUGGAACCCUACCAAUUGCUUUUGAAUUUUACAACAAAUUUACAAAGAGCCAGGAUUUCAGUGCAAGAAAAGACAAAAACUGGAAGAACUCAAAUGACGAGACCUAUAUUCAUAUUUGUUAUUGCCAGGUCACCGGGAGUAUAUCUAAAGCCGAAAUUGCACUCAUGAACAACAUGCGCAAGUCGAAAAUUAGCACAUCCCAGGUUUAUGCUUUGCUAGCAAGUCAAAAUGGGGGUUUUGACAAGUUGAACUAUGGCCCUAGAGACAUGUACAAUCAGAUAGCUAAGAUGAGGUGUGAGAUUGCAGAGAAUGUGGGUAGAGCAUUAAAUUAUUUGGAGGAGAUGGCUGUAAAGGAUAAAUCUUUAUACUACGAAAAGCUUCGGGCAACGGAUGGAAGGUUACUAAAUCUCUUUUGGUGUGAUGGUUUAUGCAGAGAGGACUAUGAAUUGUUUGAAAAUGUUGCGUUUGAUGCUACAUACAAUAAGAAUAAAUAUAAGUGUCAUUUUGUUGUAUUCACAUGUGUCAACCAUCACAACCAAACUGUUGUCUUUGCUGCCUGCAUUGUAACAGAUGAGACGGAUGAGACUUAUAUAUGGGUGUUGCAACAAUUUUUGGAGGCAAUGAAUGGUAAAGCCCCAUCCUCUGUGAUAACUGAUGGGCAAGGGCAAUGA